AUGGUAGACGGAUACGAUCUUCUAAUCAAAGCUCAGUUCUCCGAGACAAUGGAUGCAUUGGAAUUCAAUCUAGAAGACGUCCUAGAAUCAAUAGAAGCCGAGAAGAGGUUCGAUGUGAGGGAAAGAUUAUUGGAGAGAAUCGCUUUUCUCAUUUAUCAAGAUUCGAAUUUUGGACUUUUACCGAUUAAUGCACCCACUGAAUCUGUGUCAUCAUGUAUCAAUCGAUUAUGCAAAUCGACAUUCAGUUUUCCCAUUGACCUCCCGAAUCUUCUAGAAUUCUCAUUCGCCUACCCAUCGAGUGCAUGUCUCGCCGAGAAGCUUCUAGAUAGUGAUGAGCGAUUUUUGACGAGUAUUUUGGCAUUAUUGCCGUUGAUCGAGAGCUUAGACCGUUCAUCAGUCUUCCAUCCAGUUUCGGUGUUCCUUGAAUCAAUUCACUUGAUCAACUACGAUUGUGAAGUAUUGAUUGAUUGGCUGAAUUCGGAAUUAGCAGCUUCUUCGCUAAUUUUGAGGGUUCUGAAGUCAAAUUGUAACGUGACUACUAGACAAUUCUGGACUAAUUAUAAGCCAGCAAAAACCCCUCCUUCCACCUACACCACCACUUUUCGCGACGAACCUACUAUCAAAUCGGCCACUUCGAAGCCUAUAAUAUCUUUAAAAAUUAUUGAAAUUGUUGGAGAUCAGGAAAUGACAAAAAACCUCAAUUUACGAGCGAUUGAGACUAAAAAAGUUGCCACCAAGAAGCCGAAAAUUCUGAAAAAUUCGGGGAAAUUCGAGAAAUGGAUUGAGAUGGUUUUGGAGUUAAGGGCGAGAUUACGACGACUUCUAGCAGCGAAUUUGGUGGCAAAAAAGUUGGAUUUGAUCUUGAAGUGGUGUGAUAAAUUUUGUGAUAUUUUUGAUAACGAAUAA